GCCAGCGGUGCGUUUUCUCUACUAGCUUAGCAGUCAGUUGACAUCCAAGCUGCAUAACCAAAUCUCAAGUCCACCGAAAGCUGGCUGAUCAAUGGCGCCCUAACCCGACACCGAUGCUCAGUACUAAGCCACCGGAGGAAGGUGGUUUUGGAGAGAUGUUCUCCCAUUUCGUCGUUGCUUCCAUUCCUUCUUUUUGUCUCGUCUUUUCUUCUUUCCCCGUGAUUUUUAAUUCAGAAUGAUCUGGUCCCCGCUUAGUCUCUAGUGCGGCAAGUGCGGGCUUGGUGAACGAAGGUGGGCCGGAGCGGAAAUAUCUUGAAGAUCAACAUGAACAACGGCCCGUCCCACCCAUUCCAUGAGAGGGUGAUCUUCCAUAUGUCUUUUCCGUUCAAGUUUUACACCGAGCCUCUCCUUUACAUCGGGAACAACCAGACCCUGCUGAGAUCGAGAAGCCAAAAAUUGGAUGCGUUGCCAAUGACGGCUAACAAGACAUCCUGUGUUGAGUGUGUCUACACUCGCAGAGAGCUGGACGGCGGCGCGGGAGGCUCUGAAGCAAACCCAAGGACCAGUACCGGCAAGAGUGCUGUCCGACUAAAUUGGACGCUUGACCAAGCCGAAUAUGCACAUCAGCGGAAGGCCCACGUACGCGUCCCACGGGAAAAAAAGAACCGCAUAACAGUUCAAUUUUGUUGGUCGAAUCUUGAACCAUACAAUGCAAGCAUUCUUGUCCUGAGCUCCAUACUUCAACCGAGCCGAGCCGGGGUUGGGGCAUCGGCUCCGCUCUUGAGACCGGCGGAAACCGGAUCGCCGUCGAUUGCCGGCAAAGGAUCCACUUGGCCGUGCGGGGCCGCGAGCCCUGAUCGGAGCGGACUCGGAGCCUUACGUUACAUCGCCGCUUCUGUCGAUGUAUGCCUAGGUGAGGUGGUCUGAGCCAUGGGCAAAGGGAUGCCGAGGCUGGAUUCUACUAGUCUGUUGUCCGUUGAGUCUCACCUGGUCUGCCCAAGCGUCCAGGUUACCCCUCUUGGAUGUUCGUUGCGCCACGAGAUAGCGACGAGGGACAGAGGCAGGCGUCUAUUAGAGAGCCUCGUCUCUUCAUC